AACUGGGUUGUGAACUGGUUCACUGACCUUCUUCUCCUCACUCCACCCUCUCCCUCCCUCCCUCUCUCUCUCUCUCUCUCUUCUCACUUCUCUCUUCUCUAUUUUUUCCUUUGCAGAUGAACAGUCAUAGACUAUAACAAUAGCCUGGAAAAACAUUUUUUAGCUUUGAAGUUGAUUGAGUAAUGAUGUGGAGAGAGAAAGAGUGGAAUGAGGGAGUGUAGUGUAGUGUUUGAUUACUUUUACUUCUCUCCUUGUGUGUUGGGUUGGGUUAGCCAGAUAGCUUAUUGGGUUGGUGUUUCUGCUGGGGGUUUUUUUGCUUUCUUUUCUUGAUGGGUUCAGAGUUGGAAUUAUUGAAAUUGGAAAAAGAAGGGGGAGGAAACAGAGAGAAGUGGCUGUGCAGUUGUAUACAGCUUCCCAUAAGUUGGUGUGGUGCUAGACAUGGGGUAUUCUUAUUCAUAACCUUCUCUCUUUAACUGAAAUCUUCACCUCUUAAAAGAUCCAACUCAAUAACAUUAACAAAGACUAAAGAAAGAAGAAGAAGAAGAAGAAGAAAAGGAUUCUGAUCUGAUUUCUUUUCAGUCAUGAAGAGACUUGGCAGCUCAGAUUCCCUGGGUGCUUUGAUGUCCAUCUGCCCAACUACAGAGGAACACAGUCCAAGAAACAACCAUCCCUACGGCCGGGAAUUCCAGUCCAUUCUGGACGGCCUAGAUGAAGAAGGUUGCGUCGAAGAAUCCGGCCACAUAGCCGAGAAAAAGCGCCGAUUAAGCGUUGACCAAGUCAAGGCCUUGGAGAAGAACUUCGAGGUGGAAAACAAGCUCGAACCGGAGAGAAAAGUGAAGCUUGCCCAAGAACUUGGUUUGCAACCGAGGCAAGUUGCUGUUUGGUUCCAAAACCGCCGUGCCCGUUGGAAAACCAAGCAAUUGGAGAGAGAUUACGGCGUUCUCAAAGCCAGUUACGAAGCUCUCAAGCUUAACCACGACUCCCUCCAACAAGACAAUGAUGCUCUAGUCAAAGAGAUAAGGGAAUUGAAAGCAAAGCUCCAAGAAGAUAGCACAGUGGGCAGCCUUUCAGUGAAGGAAGAGAUUGUCGCACCGGAAUCCGACAACAAACUGAUCGAACAGAGCAAAGCAGCUCCUGACACUCCUCCGCUAACUGCAUCCGACUCCAAGGAGUUGAACUUUUGCUUCAACCAAGCAGCGUCACUUUUCCCGGUGGAUCACUUCAAAGACGGCUCGUCGGACAGCGACUCGAGCGCGAUCUUGAACGAGGAUAACAGCCCGAACGCGGCGAUUUCUUCAUCUGGGGUGCUUCAAAAUCAGCAGCUCAUGGGGUCCUUCAAUUGCUCCUCGUCGUCGCCGUCGCCGCCGCCGCCGCAGCCGCCGAUCAGCUGCUUUCAGUUUCAGAAAACGUUCUCGACGCAGUUUGUGAAAAUGGAGGAGCACAAUUUCUUCAGCGCAGAGGAGACGUGCAAUAUCUUCUCGGACGAGCAAGCUCCGACCCUUCCAUGGUACUGUCCUGACCAGUGGACCUAGAGAAAGGAGGGAAGUGAAACCCAUGUUGAGAUAUUAUUGGAAAAAUAAAAAGAGAAGCCAAAAGUGAGCUCCAAGAAUAUUGUAAAGAGUAAAAGUGGGUUGUGUAAUUUUUAGCUUUGCUCUCGUUCUCCAUUGUUCAAAGUGAAAGUUGGAGAGAUGGUUGGUUGGUUGGUUGGAUGAAGAAGAUGAGACAGAAGAACCAAAUUAAGCGGUGGAUUUAGCCAAGAAAGAAAAAACAUGGUAAAAGAAGAUGGAGCAGUAGAAACAGAGGAGAGAAACAGAGAGAGAGAGAGAGAGGAUUUCACGUGGGGGUUUGGUUGGUGAAAGUUGACGCCAUUAGCUUUUCUCUCUCUCUCUUACUCUCUAAGCCGUGCGAGAAGGAAUAUGAUUAGGUCAUAAUUGAAGUCGUCUUUACCAACAAAAAAAAUUAAAAAAAAAAAAAAAGUCUCUGCUGUAAAAAAUGAACGUUGGAAUCGUUGGGGAGCAUUUUCCUGUAAUGGAGAAAUAAUAAUCAUUCCUAGCUUUUCUUUUUC